AUGAGUGAAGGGCUUUUCCCUAAUGGGAGUGAAGGUGGAAGUGGCUGGGAACUAACAGAGAAAUCAGCCGGCCCGGUCCAUCCAUUCCACCCUAACAUAUCGGUUAGGAGAGGUGUAUUGGCUACAGAGUGUGCUGAUGUCAUGCAGCAAUUCUUCCAGCUAAGGAGACGUGAGAAGGAGAAGAAAGAGAAACCAGAGUCAUCAACCUCAUCACCAUCACCUUCAUGUCUUCCUAUAUCAAGACAACCUGUGAAAUUUUUUACCAAGAUGCACGAUGCCUUCCACGUUAUGUUCUGUUUGUAA